AUUUUAGACUUAGUGCAAGAUAGAUACUGUUGCUGACUUGACAAAGACUGACUGAUCAAAUUGGGAAACUUACACAGGAAAAGUGUUCUACCGACAUCCUUUUGGUUCAGCCUAACUCGAAGUUAUGCCGAUGAAGGCCGGUAUUUCCAGAAACCAGUCAAACUCAAGAACGAGGGCUGCAACAAAUGAGAAAUAUCCCCCUUGAGAGUAUGGCUACGACAGAGGGGGGACAAAUCACGUUCAGUGGACACACACUGGAUAAAGCCACCAAGGCAAAAGUUCAUCUGGAGAACUACUAUUCCAACCUCAUUUCACAACAUCUCGAGAGGAAAAGCAGACAUGAAAGGUUAGAGGAGACAAUGAAGGAGGAAGGCCUUUCCGAGCAACAGAAACAAGAAAAAAGGAAUCAGCAUGCCAUAAAAGAAACAGAAUUUUUGAGAUUGAAACGGUCAAGAUUGGGGGUGGAGGAUUUUGAACCAUUGAAAGUGAUCGGACGAGGAGCUUUUGGAGAAGUUCGUCUUGUUCAAAAAAAGGAUACUGGCCAUGUUUAUGCCAUGAAAAUUCUUCGGAAAGCAGAUAUGGUAGAAAGAGAACAG